UUUACUUCAACUGUCUGUCAUCGCGGAAAAACAUCAUGGCAGAAUGCGUUCCAUCCAGAGCCACAGGAAUGGAAGGCGGAAUUGUGAUUAAAGAUGAUUGGCCCGGAUACAGUUUAGAGCUCUUCACUUAUCCAGAGCAUUACCGCGAAGAUAUAGAGAGUGUCUACAUUCCACAUGGGGUUAUCAUGGACAGGACGGAGCGCCUGGCCCGACACAUCAUGGAUGACAUUGGGGAUCAUGACAUGGUGGUGCUGUGUGUACUGAAGGGAGGGUACAAGUUCUGUUCCGACCUGGUGGAGUUCAUUAAGGUACAAUGCCGCAACUCCAACAAGCACCUGGAGACCAGAGUGGAGUUUAUUAGGCUUAAGAGCUACCUGAAUGACCAAUCAACAGAGGACCUGCACAUAAUAGGUAGUCAAGAUCUAUCUGUUCUACGAGGCAAGAAUGUCUUGAUUGUAGAGGCUAUAGUCGACACAGGAAAGACAAUGAAGGCCCUUCUGAAGCAUGUGGAGGCCUUUGAACCCAAGAUGGUAAAGGUCGCCGGUCUGCUGGUGAAAAGGGUCUCUAAUGUGGUUGGAAGCCUUCCAGACUAUGUGGGGUUUGAAAUUCCCAACCGUUUUGUCGUGGGCUAUGCUUUGGACUACAACGAGUAUUUCCGUGACCUGAAUAAAUUGGAAGGAAGGUGAAGAAAGGAAUGUUAGGGUUAGGAUCUGCUUAUCUGGCGGACAUAUCUGUGUCAUAAGUGAGAUUGGAAAGGUGAAGUACAAGAUUUGAAGAGAAGUCGACACAUACAUGGGUUGUUCAGAGCUGCAGUGUUUUCAACAUGUGGCAGCAAGUGCCUUCCCUUCUCAUAUCUUCUUUCGUGCUCUGUUGAGGAUUAUUGUUGGUUUAUUCAUUUCAUAAGAAGAGACACACCUUGCAUGUGCUUUAUGCAAAAAAAUAUGAGAUCUGUGUUAAUCAUGUUACGUACAACCUUGAUUGCCAAAUUUGAAGAUUGUCACACUGAAUGUUUUUUGGAGUUUUUUUUUUUUACAUAUGCUAUUGUUUUUGUAAACAUCAUAUUACAUUGUUGGCAGAAUAUGCUUUUACAUAAUAUGCAUUUAUAACUUUAUAUGUAAAAUACUAAUUUUGUCCCCAAUGAUCUAAUAUGUGCCAAGCACAAAAAAAUAAACUAUGCAAUUUUGAAUAACAAA